CUCAGGGGGGGCGACGGUCACCUGAUCUGCAGCGGCGGCGGCGGCCGAGGCAGCGGAGGCCGAGGCUGUGAUGGCGGCGACCGCAGCAGCUCGGCUUCAGGCGGGGACGCGGCAGGCCCCAGCGCUCUGGCAGAUGCGGUGGCUACUGCUGGUGCUGGUGGCGGUGGCGGAGGCGGAGCAGCAGGUGCCGCUGGUGCUGUGGUCGAGUGACCGGGACUUGUGGGGUCCUGCGGCCAACACCCACGAGGGCCACAUCACCAGCGACAUGCAGCUCUCCACCUACUUAGACCCCGCCCUGGAGCUGGGCCCCCGGAAUGUGCUGCUCUUCCUCCAGGACAAGCUGAGCAUUGAGGACUUCACAGCAUAUGGUGGCGUGUUUGGAAACAAGCAGGAUAGCGCCUUUUCGAACCUGGAGAAUGCCCUGGAUCUGGCUCCUUCCUCUCUGGUGCUUCCUGCCGUCGAUUGGUAUGCGGUCAGCACUCUGACCACUUACCUGCAGGAGAAGCUUGGGGCCAGCCCCCUGCACGUGGACUUGGCCACCCUGCGGGAGCUGAGACUCAAUGCCAGCCUCCCAGCCUUGCUGCUCAUCCGCCUGCCGUACACAGCCAGCUCAGGUCUGAUGGCGCCGAGGGAAGUCCUCACGGGCAAUGAUGAGGUCAUCGGGCAGGUGCUGAGCACACUCAAAUCCGAAGACGUCCCGUACACCGCGGCCCUCACGGCGGUCCGCCCUUCCCGGGUGGCCCGUGAUGUAGCCAUGGUGACUGGGGGGCUAGGUCGCCAGCUGCUGCAAAAACAGACAGCGUCAGCUGUGGUCCAUCCCCCUGUGAGUUACAAUGACACCGCCCCCCGGAUCCUGUUCUGGGCCCAAAACUUCUCGGUGGCAUACGGGAACCACUGGGAGGACCUGACCUCCCUCACCUUUGGGGUCCAGGAUCUUAACCUCACUGGCUCCUUCUGGAAUGACUCCGUUGCCAGGCUUUCGCUGACCUACGAACAACUCUUUGGUACCACCGUGACAUUCAGGUUCAUUCUGGCCAACCGCUUCUACCCGGUGUCUGCCCGCCACUGGUUUACCAUGGAGCGCCUUGAAAUCCACAGCAACGGCUCCGUCACCUACUUCAACGCCUCCCAGGUCACAGGGCCUAGCAUCUACUCCUUUCAUUGCGAGUACGUCAGCUGUCUGGGCAAGAACGGCGACCUCCUCGUGCCCCGCGUGCGGCCCUCUCUCUGGCAGAUGACCCUUCAGCACUUCCAGAUCCAAGCCUUCAACGUGACAGGCGAGCAGUUCUCCUACGCCAGUGACUGCGCCGGCUUCUUCUCCCCGGGCAUCUGGAUGGGGCUGCUCACUUCCUUGUUCAUGCUGUUCAUCUUUACCUAUGGCUUACACAUGAUCCUCAGCCUCAAGACCAUGGACCGCUUUGACGACCACAAGGGCCCCACCAUCUCUUUGACCCAGAUUGUGUGACCCCGUGCCCGUGGGGGGUUGCAGGCACGAUGGUGUCCAGGUUGUUGCUUUCCCACCUCGAGGCACGCUGGACCGAAGGGCUUCCCCUCUUCCUACCAUAGCAUGAACCCCCAGUUCCCCUCGGCCUGUCUUGUUACCCGUUCAACACGCUGAGGGGCUCUCCACCCUCCAUCUACCAGCAAGGUGUACAUAGUUCUUCGUAGAUAGGAGACAGAUCUCCCAGGUCCAGUCAUUGUAGGGGGAGAGGACAUGAGUUCUGGGACCCCCUCUUCCCCCUUAUUUAUUCUCAUCUCUCCACCUUCACCCUUUGCUGUUUAUAGUGCUUUUGUGUAUCAAAUGCUCCCUCCCCAGACUUUACGGGGCUCCCUGCAGCAGCUAGAAGCUGAAGGUUCCCUGAGUUUGGGGCGGUGUGGAAGUACUAUUUAAUUGUCCUGCUUGGCUGGUGUCAUUGUCUUUUGGUGAUGUUGUGCUAAUAAUAAGCAGUACGCUGGGGUUUAUUUCUGUGGCCUGAGAAGGAAGAGACCUCCACAGCAGCUGGGUUGGGUGUAAUCAUUGGUUUUCUGGCAUGUACCCGCCAGGAGUGCCUGGCAGGAGCCUGGGGUUCUGGGUGGUUUCCUUCCUAAUAAAAUAAAGACAGGUUGCCAUGCUUA